AUGGAAGUUGUAAAUUGCACCACUGUGACAGAGUUCAUCAUUUUGGGGUUAACAGAGGAUGCUACACUUUGUGUCAUCUUCUUUGUGAUAUUUCUAGGAGUCUAUGUUGUCACCUUAGCAGGCAAUAUCAGCAUAAUUACAUUAAUACGCAGCUGUUCCCAGCUUCACACCCCCAUGUACCUCUUCCUCAGCCACCUGGCCUUUGUGGACAUCGGGUACUCCACAUCAGUCACACCUGUCAUGCUCAUAGGGUUCCUUGGGCGUGGUGUGGCCCUCCCUCUUGCUGGCUGUGAAGCCCAGCUCUGCUCUGUGGUCAUGUUUGGGACAGCCGAGUGCUUCCUGCUGGCUGCCAUGGCCUAUGACCGCUAUGUGGCCAUCUGCUUGCCCUUGCUGUACUCCACCCACAUGUCCCCCAGAGUCUGUAUCCUCUUGGUGGGGGCUUCCUACCUGGGUGGGUGUGUGAAUGCCGGGACAUUUAUUAGUUGUUUAUUGAGUCUGUCUUUCUGUGGGCCAAAUCAUGUAGACCACUUUUUCUGUGAUUUCUCCCCUUUGUUGAAACUUUCCUGCUCAGAUAUCUCCAUUAUUGAAAUUAUCCCUUCCAUCUCAUCUGGAACCAUCAUUGUGGUUACAGUAUUUGUCAUAGCUCUUUCUUACAUCUGCAUCCUCUUUGCUAUCCUGAAGAUGCGCUCCACUGAAGGGCGCCACAAGGCCUUCUCCACCUGCACCUCUCACCUCACUGCAGUUACCCUCUACUACGGAACUAUUACCUUCAUUUACGUCAUGCCAAAAUCCAGCUAUUCAACUGGCCAGAACAGAGUGGUGUCUCUGUUCUACACAGUGGUGAUUCCCAUGCUGAAUCCCCUCAUCUACAGUCUGAGGAACAGAGAUGUGAAGGAGGCACUGAGAAAGGCAACUGUCAGAAUAUAUUCUUAG